CUCAACACAACUAAAAUAAUUAGACUAAUUUGAAACAAGGUAGGCCUAUUGCAAGGUUUUCCGAACUCCAAACGGCUUUGUGGUUGAUGUGUCUGUAGCCAUACGGUCAGUGUUGUUGGCCUACAAUCAGUGAAAACACACUCCCGCACGUGUGAUUUGUUUUCUUCAUGCACUUUAACAACAUGACGUCAAAACAGACACCGAAUUAGCAACAAUGCAUCCUCAGAAAGACAAAGCAACAUGUUGUUUGCAUGUUUUUCUCUUUAUUCCCGCGGUAUCUUGUAGUUCUCCUGUGAUGUGUCAUGGGUGCGCUCCGCUGCGCUGACGUCCCACAAACGGAUCCAGUAUGAAUGGGCGCGAGCCGUCCUACGGAGCAAAACCGGGGCGCGCACGGAGUGUGUGUGAAUUGGGGCAACUGACCGGCUCUUUGUUGGCGGUAGCGUUCCUUUCAUCCUUUGGGAGCUCCAUGCUUUAUGGCUACAACUUGGCUGUGGUCAACUCCCCCUCUGCAUACAUAAAGGACUUCUACAACCAGACAGUGCUGAAUCGAAAUGGAACAGGACUCACUGAAGAGACCCUUACCGUCAUGUACUCUCUUACUGUGUCUGUCUUUGCCAUUGGAGGUAUGCUGGGCUCCGUCAUCGUGGGUAUGCUUGUCAGCCGCUUUGGCAGGAAAGGUACAAUUGUAAACACAACAGUCCUGGUGUUUAUUGGUGGAUCACUCAUGGGCUUCAGCAGGAUAUGUGGUUCACCUGAGAUGGUCAUCGUUGGCCGUUUUAUCACAGGAAUUCACUCAGGCAUCUCUCUUAGUGUUGUACCAAUGUACCUGGGUGAGAUAGCACCUAAGAACCUACGAGGUUUCCUGGGUCUUGUGCCAAGUAUCUUUAUUGGCACCGGAGUCUUCCUCGCCCAAAUUCUUGGCCUACAUGAGCUUCUAGGAAAGGAGGAGCACUGGCCCUUCUUUCUUUCAGUAGUGGUGAUACCCACCUUCAUCCAGUUGAUGGCGUUGCCAUGGUUCCCAGAGAGCCCCAGGUACCUGCUGAUUGAGAAGCACAACGUCCAUGCCACUAUCACAGCUCUGAAGUACUACAGAGCCAAGUGCAACAUCCAGGCUGAGAUUGAGGAGAUGCAGGAGGAGCAGCGCUCCCUUUCAUCAGUUGAGACGCUGUCAGUAUGGAAACUGUUGCUGGAUGACCGAGUCCGGAAGCAGGUGCUCUGUGUGGUGGUCAUCAACAUCGGCAUGCAGCUGUCUGGCAUUGAUGCUAUCUGGUUCUACACGAACGACAUCUUUGAGGAUGCAGGUAUCCCAGAGGCAGAGAUCCAGUAUACCACAGCAGGAACGGGAAUCAUAGAGAUCAUCGCAGGACUCGUUGGGUGUUUCACCAUAGAGAGGUUGGGCAGGAGGCCUCUCAUGAUCUUGGGUUUUACCAUGAUGGGCGUCUGCAGUGCUGGAAUCACAUUGACCCUGAUUUUACAGGGUCAUUUACCAUUUAUGCACUACUUAAGUGUCGCCUGUGUGGUCGGCAUCAUUGCUGGUUUCUGUAUUGGUCCAGCUGGGGUUCCCUUCUUGAUGACAGCAGAGCUGUUUAAACAGUCCCACCGUCCAGCUGCUUACAUUGUAGGAGGAUUGCUAAACUGGGUGUCCAACUUCACCGUGGGCUUCGUCUUCCCCUUCUUACAGAUGUCUGUGGGGUCUUACUGCUACUUGGUGUUUUCGGCCAUUUGUUUCUCUGUGGCCGUCUACGUCUACUUUUUCAUCCCAGAAACAAAAAACAAGACCUUUAUGGAAAUUAGCCGCAUGUUUUCUAAGAAGGAAGCGGUUCUGGAGUCCCAGGGCCUAAUCCAUGUGGACCAGCUGAAGCUGAAGAAGAUGAACGGCUAUGGUGGCGUGGAGUUUGACAGCUCUUCUUCUGUACCUUAACCGGGCUCCAAGUUCUCACUGAGACUUCAAAACCAUUCAUUACAUUCUCCAUUCUACAGUUUCAAAAUGUAUACAUUAACCAAAAAACACCUCACCUGGGGCCAGAUGCAUAAAACACUGGGUUGAAUUCACAAAUGGAUUGUGCAGCCAACAUUUAUGUGAAUGGGCCUCAAUGCCAAACAUGUCCAAAUUCACAAAUGCCAGAAAAAGUAGCCACAGGCAGUUUGAGUAAAAUGUUUCAAAAUGUUUUCUUUCUUAGCAGGUAAGUGUUAACUGCAGCACAGUAUCCAGAAAAGGUGUCAGGGGCUCAUAAUCUCUUGUGAUCAUGAUCCAUUCUCCCUAACCACCGUCUGAAUUUGAUAUGUUGACAUUACUACUAUUACAAUCAGAUUUAAAUUGGUCUGGAGCUAACUAGAGACAGGGCCUGCCACAUGAACA